UUACAUCAUAUCAACAGCGAAUGAUCACUCGGCCAGACGGGUGCUGUAAAGUUGGGACUGUGGUUUGUCUAUUUGUGCCUAAAGUGAGCCGUCAUGGCCUGUGAAGCCGACGAAGUGAACGAGCGCCUCAUUGAAGCGCUCAGACACAGGCUGGUGGACAAGAUAAAAGUGGAGCAGGUUCUGGACUACAUAGACUUUCUGCAGCCCGCACAGAAGGAGCAGAUCAGGCAGAAAGCGAGGGCCGAGGGGAACAUAUCUGCUGCCCACGCCCUGCUCACGGCCGUGGUGAGGGCCAGACCCCACGGAGACGGCUGGUUCCAGGGCCUGGUGGACGCGCUCUGCCACGGGGGGAGUGCCGGGGCGGCCGACUACCUGCAGCUGACCCGGCCCGGGCCUGAGCAGGAGGCUGAACAUGACAACUGCGUCCGACUCAUCCACUUACUGGCUCCCACUCUGGCCGACAUGAACACUGAACAAGUGUGUGUCCAGUGUGUCUCUAAAGAGCUGCUCACUGAUGAAGACAAGGAGAUUGUGUUGAGUGAAACACGAAACAAAGGGCCCAGGAGUGGUGCCAGGGAGCUUCUCAACAGGAUUGUGAGAGGUCAAACAACCUGGUUUUCAGACUUUCUCCAAGUUCUGCUUGAAACUGAACACACAAUCCUGUAUCGUGAGCUGACUGGAAAAUCAGAAUCAGAAUCAGAUGAGAAACUGAUUCCGAUGGACAUCGAACCUGCAGGAAGUGAAUCUGCAGCAGCUGAAAUCUGUGAGAGCCCGGAGUCUAUGGUGAUCAGCGUAGCCGAGGAGCCUCAGGAUGAAUCUGCAGAUCUGUAUGCGAGUGCUGAUCCGUCACCCAGCGAGGGGCCCUCACAGCCAGAUGGAAAUGACUUAGCAGCAGCAGCAGCAGCAGCAGCAGCAGCAGCAGAAGCAGCCAGAGGCACAGAAAACUCUGAAAUUGUUCUCCGAGAUUAUCAGAUGGAAGUCGUCACACCGGCCUUGGAGGGGAAAAACAUCAUCAUAUGCCUCCCCACGGGAAGGGGUAAAACCAGAGCCGCUGUCUACGUUACCAAAAAACAUCUGGACGGCAGGAGGGCGGAGGGAAAGUCAGGGAAGGUGGUUGUCCUGGUGAACAAGGUUCCUCUCGUGGAGCAGCACUACACCAAAGAGUUCCUGCCCUUUCUGAAGCACGCAUAUAAAGUGGAGAGAGUCACAGGAUGCAGCCCGCUCAAAAUCUCCUUCGCCCAGAUCGUGCGGAAAAAUGACAUCAUCAUUUGCACGGCCCAGAUUUUGGAAAACUUCUUGGAUAUGGCCAACAGCGGGGAGGAUGAAGGAGUGAACUUGAGCGAUCUGACCUUGAUUGUAAUAGAUGAGUGUCACCACACUCAGAAAGAUGGAGUCUACAAACACAUAAUGAUGCGCUACCUGACACGGAAGUUCAAAAACAAGCGGCACCACAAGCUGCAGAAGAAAACGGAGCCCCUCCCGCAGAUCCUCGGCCUGACUGCCUCGCCAGGCGUUGGGGGAGCCACAAAACUAGACAAGGCUGUGGAGCACAUACUGCGAAUUUGUGCAAACCUGGACGCUUCCAAAAUCAUGACAAGUCUUGGGGACUUCAAAAAAGAGCAAAGGAAAUCAAUUCUCCCCGCUGAAGACAGGAAACAGGAUCCCUUUGGCGAUGUCAUCAAGCGCAUCAUGAAUGCCAUUCAUGAGCACGCCCAGCUGAGCGUCACCUGUGACCUGGGCUCUCAGAACUAUGAACAGUGGGCGGUGCACAAAGAACGACAGGCUGCAAAAGAGGGAGAUCAGACUGUGCGGGUUUGUGCCGACUACCUCCGCCGGUACAACGAUGGCCUGCUUCUCAGCAACACCAUUCGCAUGUACGAUUCCCUCAGUUGUCUGACAAAAUACCACGACGAACAACUCAAGAAGAAAGCAACCCCUGACGAGGAGGAGAAGAUAAAUAUAACAGAUACGGAGAGAUUCCUUUUCAAUUUGUUUAAAGACAACAAGGAUGAGCUGGAGAGACUUGCAAAGAAUCCAGAGUUUGAGAACGACAGCCUGUCAAAGCUGAGGACUAAGAUUCUGCAGGAGUUCAGCAGUAGGGAUAAGGCCAGAGGGAUCAUUUUUACCAAAACACGUCACAGCGCCAUCAUGCUCGAUCAGUGGAUUAAGGAAAACCCCAAGUUUGCUGACAUUUCAGUGAAAUCUGCACAUUUGAUUGGAGGAGGCGACCAGAGCGAUGUUAAACCAAUGACUUCUGCGGAGCAAAAGGAUGUCUUGAAAAAGUUCAGCACUGGUGAAGUGAACUUGCUGGUUGCUACGACUGUGGCAGAGGAAGGCCUGGACAUACCUGCCUGCAAUUUCGUGAUCCGUUACGGACAUGUCACAAAUGAGAUUGCUAUGAUUCAGUCUCAAGGCCGAGGGAGAGCUGAUGACAGCACUUACACCGUGGUUGAUGUCAAGAACUCUGGAGUAGCUGAAAAGGAGGUUGUCAAUGAGUUCCGGGAAGACAUGAUGAACAAAGCCAUUAAUAAAAUCAAAGCUUUGAAACAAGCGGACUAUGACGAACAGAUUAAUACGUUUCAGAUGCAGGCUAUAAUGGAGAAGAAGAUGGGGGAGAAGAAGCAGAAUAAGAAAACCAUAAGGAAUGAGAGCCCAUCUGCCGUUAAGUUCAGCUGCAGAAAUUGCCGCAAGCACGUCUGCACCGGCGAGGACAUCCACAUCAUCGAGAACAUGCACAGAGUCAACGUCACCAAAGAGUUUAGUAAACUUUUCAAUCAGAGAGAGAACACUUCUCUUCAGGAACGCCUCCUGGAUUACGAGACCAAUGGCAUCAUAGCCUGCAAAGAGUGCGGGCAGAACUGGGGUUCAAUGAUGACGUACCGUGGGAUUGAAUGUCCUUGCCUCCUUGUGAAAAACUUUGUGAUGGACAUCAGUGGAAAGAGGAUUAGCAAUUGCACUAAGUGGAGUGAACUCCCCAUCAACUUCCCGGCCUUUGACUACAUUGAGCACGCCACCCAGAUGGCGGACAGUUCAGAUGAAGAAGAAACAGAAUCAAUGAAUGAAUGAAUGACAGAAAAACCAUCACCUAUCUUUUUCCUCCUUUUAUUCAGCAUUAUAUCUUUUACAUUGCUAAAAAAUAAAUAGAAAUAUUCAUCCUUUCACUGCUAAACUGUCAAGACUUCUGAUUAUGUCGAUUAAAUGUUUCACUGGAUCAAAUCCAUUCAUUUACUGACAAAAUGAUUUUUGUUCAAGGAUUUCAAAUCAUGAAUGUGUUGAAGUAUUGUGGAAAUGCAGCUGGUAUGAAAUAAACUGGAGAAAAGUGAUUAAUAAAAUGCUAUAUAAUUUCUCUCCAACCGUUGUCUCCUGAGAUGGGAGCCAGUGAGCCAAAGAUAGCCCCUCAGAGCCCAACUGUCAACUGUCGUGUACAGAAACAGGUGCUGUUGAUUUUCCAUUUAAUUAUCUGUCAGAAUCGCGACUAUUGAGACCGCAGGUGCUGUUGUCAAGAGUCCACAUAUGUAUAAAUAUCCCGAUCGAUUUGGGCCACCUUACGACUUUUUACAGAGCCUUAAUAAUCAAAAAUACCUUUUGGAUGCAACGCUGGAUUUGAAUGUGUGAGUAAUGAAUCGAGAAGAGUAAGACAUCAUUGUUACUGUUAAACGUGUUGAUUUACAUACAUAUGAACUGUUUU